AUGAAGUUCGGGUCUCAGAUCCACGAUAGAUCUGUGCCAGAAUGGCGACUCAAUAACAUCGAUUACAAGCAUCUCAAGGAGGUCGUAAAGAAAGCGACCACAUUGCGCCCUGAUAAGGAGCCGGCGGCGAGCCUCGAGGAGGACAAGGAGUUGCAGGGGCUCUACCGCGCAUUCCAAACACAGUGCCGCAGCGUGAACGCUUUCACGAGUCUGAAGAUCAAAGAGACAUCCACACGGCUUGUUUCUGUGGAGUCGUCGAUCCUUAGGCUCCAGCAGCGGGCGGACCUCCCUUCCCAGAAGCGCAAGCGGCAGCUGGCUCUCAUUGGGUCCCAUCUCGACCACUGCAAUAUGGAGCUGCUGAGAAUUUGCCGGUUUUUGAUUCUCCAGAAGAUUGCACUACGGAAGCUGCUCAAAAAGUUUUUAAAGUACUACCCUUACGGAAAGGAGACGGCCGAGCAGUUUGUGAAGCGCCUCAAAAGCUCUCCCGAGCUCACGGAGGGGGAAGACGGCAUCUCCUUCGUCAAGGUGGAUCUGGAUCCGUACUUGCUCGAAGUAUCGCUGGUGGUUGAUGUGUUGCAAGAGCUGGAGCAGGGUGAGACGGGAUCGUCGAAGGGACUAGUCCGCGAAGGUUCCUCAGGUGAAACGCCUGGCAAAUUUCGGGGAGUUGACUUUUCUUCAAAAUCCAUACCUACUGAUACAGACCUAACCUUUGAUAGCGCCUUUUUAGGAAAGGCAACACGAUUACAAUCUUUCCUUGUGUCAGGGGAAGACGUAUCUCAAGUGAAGUUUCUCCUGCUUCAAAUGGGCUUUCAUGUUGUUGAUGACGACAUGCUAAUUGCCUCCCAAAAGAGCGUCAAAAACUCAAGUCCUGCUAACCUGAACAAUUUAGCCUCUAGUCAGGGUCCCCGUGCUGUUAAAUCGUUUCACGAUUUACAAGUUGCAUUGAACCAGCAUCAAAACGCUGCGUCUCCUAAAAUCAGCGACAUCAAAAGCUCCCAAAAUAUCGAUAUAACGCUGUUGGAUUCCGACCCCAUGCCUAUCAUCCUGGCAAACGAAGCUGCCAACCAACAUCCUACCAUGAUAGUAACAGGAUUCAAGGCAAGCAAGUGUAUCAUCAUGUGUCAUGUUGGAGGACUCAGGAACCAUAUAGUUUCAGAUAACGUUCCUGUUGGCACACUAUCCAACGCGCUACCUGGAAAGGAAUUGGAGGACACCAGUUCUUCAGAAGCAGAUACAACUGCUCUAAGUUCAAUAAGGAAUGCCUGUUUGGAAUGGAUAAGAUCUCAUGACAUGAAACCAGUGGGCCCCCUCAUUUCUACAAAGAGGACAAGAUUUACUAAAAACAUUGAAAAAGGGGAAUCACAAACAUACUUGGUUUGCAUUGAUGAAGACAUAGCGCUGGACAGAAAACACAAGGUCCCGUAUGCGUUUGUUGAAAUUAGAAGGCUGCCUUCUGGUCCAGAUACUAGUCAAGGCAAAGACCAGGAUGAAGAAGUUGUCACGGGUUUAAUUGAAAAGUUACUAGAGACCAAGUCCUCAACUUUUCCUUUGAGAAAAGAUCAAACACUCUGGAAGCUGCUUUACUUGGCCCAUAGUGCACAAGAUAUCGAGGCAGCUUUGAUCGAAACUGUAAAUCCUUCCUUAACCCAUUUCAGCAACGAGGCCCUCUUUGAAGCUGGCUCGAAAGAGCUAUCUGAUGUUACAGCAGCAAAACGCAGAAAGUCUGGAACCAUUUCAAGUCACAGGAAAAGGGAUGUGUUGAGAAAAGACAAAUCUUCUUCUCCUGAUCCACAGCCCAAGCCAAGAAUAAGAUAUUGGAAUGAAUUCGAUGACGGUGAUGAAGCAUACGACGGCUACCAAUCGUUUGGUAGUAAUGAUGAGGAGUCCCAAGUUAGGGGUUCCGUGGACAAUGGCUUCAUAGUCUUUAACAAGAACUUCAUCAACACGAUGUACAGCUUUUCAGAGCGCUUUAAGGACUUUAUCAGUUUUUCAGGACGCUCUUCUGAAAGAAGGCCGUUGUUGGCAGAUAGCUUACGUGGUCCCUCUCUUAAUAGUGUUACCACCUCGAGCACUUCUUACACCGGUGUUAGUGCCGAAAGAGACUAUGAUAGGUACCUGGACUUUACAAAGCAACAGACGGACUCGGAUUCUUUAUAUGAAACGAAGCAUGACUUGGUCAUUACGUUUUUUUAUCUGUCAUCUCUACUAAUUUCCUGCAUCACUUCAGGCAUCUCGCUGGGUAUUGUUGCCUCAAUAUUCCGCGAAUUAAACGACGACAUCUUAUUAGGGCCAGGCCCGGGACUUGUUACUAUAAUUAUUGUUACACUUUUGGUGUCAUUGCUUUUGAGCUGCACUAGUCUGUUGUUGUUAUUCAGCCGAUUCCAGAUGGCUCCUUGGUGGCAUUAUGUUGGCUGCUUUUUGAUCUUUUUAGUUGUUGCAUGCACCGUUUGUUAUGGGCUCAUUGAAAUCUUUCUUUAA